AUGAAGUCUGAUCUAUCGCAUAGUGAUGAUGGCAACCAGAAGUUUUUACUCGUUGGACUUGAAAAUCAAUCGAACAUCGAUAUUCCCAAUAAAUUUCAAACUUUAGAUGCACUUCAAGCUUUCAUUGCGGAUAAGAAGGAGCAGUUGGUUGUCGUGAUCAUCGGUGAGAAUAUUUCAUCGGAUGCAUUCUCAAUCGCCGAUUUCCCUCAAAUUUGUGCGAUUUACAAUGAAAAACUGGUCUGUUUGUACUGCUCAACAGAACUCGUUCAAUCCGUUCAUGCUUACAUACAAAAAAUCAAGACUAAACAAGAAACAAAAGCAAAAGUUUCCUCAUCUUGUUUAAUACCAAUCAUUCGCAAAUAUUGGUUUCUAGUCGGUUUAAUUUUAGCGAUCUUAUUCGCAUAUCUCUUUCCGAAUGUUGGCAAAACAGGUGGAUACAUUCGUUCAGAAUGGUCGGUUAAAUUAGGUUGUGUUAUGUUCAUUUUCUUUGUCAGUGGAUUAUCCUUACGAACUCGACAGCUCGUUCAAGAAAUUCUUCAUAUUCGUCUGCAUGGAUUCGUUCAAAUCUAUAGUCUGUUAAUCAUUCCAUUUAUAGUUUAUGGCUUAUGUUUAUUAUUAGUACGAUUAUCUUUGAAUAAAACACUAGUGAUCGGUUUGAUUAUAAUGGGUUCGACGUCAACAACAAUCUCGAGCAAUGUGGUAAUGACAAAAAAUGCAUUGGGAAAUGAAUAUGCUGCAUUAGUGAAUGCUGUUGUUGGAAAUAUUCUGGGAAUUUUUCUUUCUCCAGCAUUGAUUUUCUUCUUUGUUAAAAAUCCUGUGUUUAAUUCUCUUUCAAGUGAAAACAAUACCGAAAAUGGAUUUGAAUACGGUCGAGUUCUUCAGAAAUUAGUUUUGACCAUAUUGCUGCCGCUCCUUAUCGGACAAAUUAUUCAUUUAAUAUGGACGAAAAGAGUGACUUAUCUACGCGAAAAGCUCUACUUUGCUGAAUUGAAUAGUUUAGCUUUACUAAUAUUAGUCUGGGCUGUUUUUUCGACAGCGUUUGCGACAGGUACAUUCAAACCUAUACACACACAAGAUCUCGUUAUUUUAUUUGCUAUCGGUGCUGGACUUUAUGUAUUUUUCUCGGUAUUCAUUAUGAUUCUAGCACGAUUACCUAUUCCACAUUGGCAAUUUUCGCAAACAGAUACUGUAGCAAUUAUGUUUUGUGGUGCAACAAAAACUCUCGCAAUGGGUAUUCCGUUAAUUAGUGCAUUGUAUGGAAACCAACGGAACGAUAUGAGUGGUGUCUUGUCAUUACCAUUGAUUAUUUAUCAUGUCGAACAAUUAGUUUUGGGUGCAGUCGAAGUUAUUCUAUUGAAAAAUUGGGUGAAAAAAGGAUUGAAGAGAGAAGCAUUAACACAAAAGACUGAGAAUGAUAUUGAAUUAGGUGAAAGAGAAGUUAUUAAUGUAAAAUCCUAA